CAGUGGAGGGGACAAUCCUUUACUGUGCCACCAUGAGACCCUGUCUGCUUCUCCUGUGUCUGGCUGUGCUGUGGGGAUGCACUUUCUCUGAAGAGUGCGUGCGGGAGCUCCAGAUGGAUGUGGACUUCCCAGGCAGUGAUGUCCUGCAGAUCCUCUCCCCAGACGCUCUCCACUGCCAGCUUGCCUGCACCCAGCACCACCAGUGCCUCUUCUUCACAUUCCUCCGGCCCGAAUGGACCAGGGACAACCGGCAGUUCUACUGCUACCUGAAGCACACAGACUCUGGGAUACCUCUGACGGUCACAACCCUGAAGGGGGUCACCUCUGGUUACUCGCUGAAACCCUGUCAAGAUAGCAAAAACACCUGUUUGCCCACAAUUUAUGAGAAUGUGGACUUCACUGGAAGUGAUUAUGAUUUCCUGUUUACCGCAACUCACAAGGAGUGCCAGAUCGCCUGCACCAAAGACCCGGGCUGCCAGUUCUUCUCCUUUCUUAAUGAGGACUUCCCGGUUGCUAAGUACAGAAACAAGUGUCACCUGAAACACAGCAGGGUCGUUCCCACCCCUCCCAAAGUCAACAGCUUGAACGGGGUGGUGUCCGGCUUCUCACACAGAGUCUGUAAAGGCAGCAGCACUGGUACAGGAGAGUGCCCACCCACCAUUCUGACAGACACAGAUUUCCCUGGGAACGACUUCGAGCAGGUACCCGCCCCCUCACCUGAGCACUGCCACUUCCUGUGUACAGCCCACCCUCACUGCAGCUACUACUCUUUCACCACCCGAAACUUCAUUACCCCCCACGAAAGCCGUAAGCUGCUUUGCUAUCUGAAGCACAACACCCAUGAGCGGCCCCAUACACCCUACGCAGAGGUGAUGUCUGGAACCUCCACACGCUUCUGUGAGCCCUCAGGAGGCAGCUGCAUGCAGACUCCUUAUGAAAACAUAGACUUCCUGGGGUAUGACAGGCGCUAUGUCAUGCUGGAUGAUCCGCAGAGCUGCCAGGAGACCUGCACUGCGGAUCCUGACUGCCAGUUCUACACCUAUGUCACUGAAUCAUUCCACCUGCCUGAUUACAGGAGGAGGUGCUUCCUGAAGCAGGUGAUCACAGCUCCCCUGCCCCCGAAGGUGGUCACCAUGCUGGGAGUGGUGUCUGGUUUCCACCUGCGAGGCUGCCAGAGCGGGUCACAGGAUGGAACAGACUGCGGUCUGAGGCACAGUAAUGGGGCACAGGUGGUCAGGGGGAGCCAGGCGGUGGCCGGGGCGUGGCCCUGGCAGGUGUCCCUUCAGCUCACGGGCAGCAGUCACCUGUGCGGAGGAUCCAUCGUCGGCUCUCAGUGGGUCGUCACCACGGCGCGCUGCCUGACCAGCUCAAGCCCCUCCCUCUACAAGGCUGUGCUUGGAACCAUACACCUGGCAGGUGACAGCGAGACCCGCGAGGUGGAGGCGAUCCUGAAGCAUCCCGAUUUCAGUGACUUAACUUAUGAAAACGACGUCGCCCUGGUAAAACUGAAGAUGCCUAUUAAAUACACAGAUGCACAGAGGCCUAUUUGCCUCACAGACACAAAGAAGGAGGAAGAAUUCUGGGGAAAGAACUGCUGGGUGACCGGAUGGGGAAAGGACUCCACAGGUGAGACUCCCAAGGCCCUCCAGCAGGCCCAGGUGUCCCUUAUCAAGCCGGACACCUGCAGCACACUCCUACCAAUGGGUGGAGCCUACAACACCACGGUGUGCGCCAGAGUGCCUGAGGGAGGAUCUGAUACCUGCCAGGGAGACGUUGGGGGUCCUUUGGCCUGCGAGAGCGAUGGGAGAUGGUACCUGAUGGGCAUCACCAGCGGGGGUGUGGGAUGCGGGCAGCUGGAGGCAGCUGAGAUGUACACCCGUGUGUCCAGCUAUGUCGACUGGAUCAGGAGCUCCAUCCAGCAAUGAUUCAUCUCCCCACAAGUCCCCGUCUCACCCCUGUGCAUUUACAUCACAUUACAUGCAUUUAUCAGACAUCUUUAUCCAGAGUGACUUCC